ACUCGCCCUGGUUCCUCGCCCCCGGGGCUGAGGCAGAGACCCAGGCAGGCUGUCCUGCUUGGGCUCGGGCCCCGGCGCCGGCGCUGGCCAGGCCCAACCGCUGGGAACGGAACGGAGCGGAGCUGAGGAGGCCGAGUCGUAGUGAAAAGAGAAAACUGAAGAACAGACUCUCAAGAUGAGCAAAAAGCCCCCAAAUCGUCCUGGAAUCACUUUUGAGAUUGGUGCUCGUUUGGAGGCACUGGACUACUUACAAAAAUGGUACCCAUCACGAAUUGAAAAAAUAGACUAUGAGGAGGGUAAGAUGUUGGUCCAUUUUGAACGCUGGAGUCAUCGUUAUGAUGAGUGGAUUUACUGGGAUAGCAAUCGUUUGAGACCUUUGGAAAGACCAGCACUACGAAAAGAAGGACUGAAAGAUGAAGAGGAAUUCUUUGACUUUAAAGCUGGAGAAGAAGUUCUAGCGCGUUGGACAGACUGUCGAUAUUACCCCGCCAAGAUUGAAGCAAUUAACAAAGAAGGAACAUUUACAGUACAAUUCUAUGAUGGAGUUAUUCGAUGUUUAAAAAGAAUGCACAUUAAAGCCAUGCCAGAGGAUGCCAAGGGGCAGUUUCUGUUCCAGGUGAAAUCCCAGCAUCCACUAAGCUGGUGUUGUCCUAUCGACCCAGCUGGAGCGUGGAACCAGUCUGUGGGAAGUCAGGAUUGGAUAGCUUUAGUCAAAGCAGCUGCUGCUGCAGCAGCCAAGAACAAAACAGGGAGUAAGCCUCGAACCAGUGCAAACAGCAAUAAAGAUAAAGAUGAAAGAAAAUGGUUUAAAAUACCUUCAAAGAAGGAAGAAACAUCAACCUCUACAGCCAUACAAGAAAUUGAGAAAAAGGAAGAGCUCCCAACAUCUAGUGAAACAUUUGGUACAAAAGAAUUCUCAUGUUACUCUGUCCUUGGUGUAGGACUCCACGUAGAGAAUGUUCCAAAGAUGAUCUUUCCACAGCCAGACAGCACAUUAUCACACAAGAGGAAAAGUAAUCAAGGCAACUCAUUUCAGGCAAAGAGAGCUCGUCUAAACAAGAUUACUGGUCUGUUGGCAUCCAAAGCUGUUGGGGUGGAUGGUGCUGAAAAAAAAGAAGACUGCUGCAGUGAAACGGCUCCAAUGCUGGAGCAGGAGAUUUCACCUAAACCUCAAAGUCAGAAAAAAAAUGAAGCUGACAUUAGCAGUUCUGCCAACACUCAGAAACCUGCACUGUUAUCCUCAACUUUGUCUUCAGGGAAGGCUCGCAGCAAGAAAUGCAAACAUGAAUCUGGAGAUUCUUCUGGGUGUAUAAAACCCCCUAAAUCGCCACUUUCCCCAGAGUUAAUACAAGUCGAGGAUUUGACGAUUGUAUCUCAGCUUCCUUCUUCAGUGAUUAAUAAAACUAGUCCAUCACAACCUGUGAAUCCCCCUAGACCUUCCAAACAUAGUGAGCGGAGAAGAAGAUCACAACGUUUAGCCACUUUGCCGUUGCCUGAUGAUUCUGUAGAAAAGGUUUCUUCUCCCUCUCCAAUCACUGAUGGAAAAGUGUUCUCCAUCAGUUCUCAAAAUCAAGAGCCAUCAGUACCUGAGGUACCUGAUGUUGCUCAUGUGUCACUUGAGAAGCUUGGACCCUCUCUCCCUCUUGACUUAAGCCGUAGUUCGGAGGUUACAGCACCCGUAACCACAGAAUCCUCUUUUAAUGAGUACCCCAGUACAGAAAAGGAAGAUAUACAGAUGAUUUCAUAUCAUUCUUCCAAAGCAGUAACUGAUGGAAGAGUAGCUUCAACAGUGUCAGGAGUAUUGAAAACAGAAAAAAAAGUGAAAUUGGAAGAGAAAAGUUCAACGACAUUUGGUAAGAAGAAAGAAAAGGAUAAAGAGAGAAAGGAGAAAAGAGAUAAGGAUCAUUUCAGGCCAAAACAAAAGAAGAAGAAAAAGAAAAAAAAGAAAUCCAAACAGCAUGACUAUUCAGACUAUGAAGACAGUUCUCUAGAAUUUUUGGAAAGGUGCUCCUCUCCACUCACUCGGUCCUCUGGGAGUUCUCUGGCUCUGCGAAGCAUGUUCACGGAGAAAAAUACGUCAUAUCAAUAUCCAAGAGCUAUUUUAUCUGUUGAUCUUAGUGGAGAAAACUUAUCAGAUGUUGAGUUCUUGGAUGACUCUUCAACUGAAAGUUUGCUUCUAAGUGGAGAUGAGUACAAUCAGGACUUUGAUUCGACCAAUUUUGAAGAGUCUCAAGAUGAAGAUGAUGCCCUUAAUGAAAUUGUCAGGUGUAUUUGUGAAAUGGAUGAGGAGAAUGGCUUUAUGAUUCAGUGUGAAGAGUGCCUCUGUUGGCAGCACAGCGUUUGUAUGGGGCUACUGGAGGAUAGCAUUCCUGAGCAAUAUAUCUGUUAUAUUUGCAGGGAUCCACCAGGUCAGAGAUGGAGUGCAAAAUACCUUUAUGAUAAGGAAUGGUUGAACAAUGGGCGAAUGUGUGGAUUAUCAUUUUUAAAGGAAAAUUACUCUCACCUCAAUGCCAAAAAGAUAGUUUCAACACAUCAUCUACUUGCUGAUGUAUAUGGUGUGACAGAAGUGCUCCAUGGGUUACAACUAAAAAUUGGGAUUCUAAAGAAUAAGCAUCAUCCUGACCUUCAUCUCUGGGCCUGUUCAGGAAAGCGAAAAGACCAAGAUCAAAUAGCUGUUGGGGUAGAGAAAAAAAUGACAGUGCAAGACACUAUUAAUCUAGAAGAAAGAACAUGUUCUGCACAGAAUCAUAAAGAGACUCCUAGCUUGCCCAGAAAAAUGGAAGGAACAUAUAUUACAAGUGAGCACAGCUACCAGAAACCACAAAAUUUUGGUCAGGAUUGUAAGUCAUCUGAUCCUGUGAGCUCUGAUGAUGAAGAUAUUAGUAGUUUUGAAGAGGAACAGGAAUUUCACACAGAAGAUAAAAACUGUUUACAAUUUUCCAUAAAAGAAGAUGGCAUGAGUGAACAGAAUUCAGCAGAAGGGAAUACAUUAUUCGUCUAUAAUGAAAAAAGAAAUACAGAAGAAAAAGGAGACUCUCAUCUUCAGUGGCAGCUCAACCUUCUCACACACAUAGAGAACGUCCAAAAUGAAGUCACCAGCAGGAUGGAUCUGAUUGAAAAAGAAGUUGAUGUUCUGGAAAGCUGGCUUGAUUUCACAGGAGAGUUGGAACCACCAGAUCCUCUUACAAGAUUACCACAGCUUAAGCGCCACAUAAAACAGCUUCUGAUUGAUAUGGGGAAAGUACAGCAAAUUGCAACUCUUUGUUCUGUAUGACAAAAAGGAAGAAAUAAGAAAAAGAACAUGAUUGUGUACAGCAAACUAUAUUAUCUGCCAGUCUGACAAUGAAUAGCUGAAAGUAACUUAGUAACUUUUUACUAAGUUUUGUAACUAAAAUUUAUAUUAAUAUGAUGGAGCUUCAGAGAGAAAAAUAGUUACUAAUCCAGUCAAAAAGGUCAAUAUCUAAAAUUAUCAAAGUAUUUCCUGUGCGAAACCUGCAAAUGGUAAUUAUACAUCCUGAGGAUUGGUGAUAUGGAAUAUGAUCAAUACAAAGUAGAACUAGUCAACUGGAUCUUUCAGAAUUCAUUUACCUGAACCUCAAGAUACCCAUAAAAAUAAUAUUUUUCUAAAGUUUUAGUAGAAAGAUACAAAUUUACAAACCAACAUUUUACCCACAACAGAAUUCUAGAAAAAAAUCAGAAUUCUUGAAAGAGUUCUACUGGAUUGCUAAUAUGACACAGAUCUAAAAAGAACUGUGUCUAAUAUGUGAUUUAUUCAGCCACACAAAUGCUUUGGGUCUAUAAAUUCAUACAGGAUCAUGAACUGUUUUCCUGAGUGAUGAAUCACAAUCAGUUAAGACACAAGGUUUACUUCUGGGCAGGAUAUAGAGGGGCGGUGCUAGGGGAAUGUCAAGAAAUUGUGGAGUACUUAUUUUUCCAAAUGAUAUAUUUAAAAAAAAACAAGAAUGGAAAUCCUCAUUGUAGUCAUUCUCUAAAAAAAAAACAAACGUGAGAGGCCUAUAGUGGUAAAAUGUGCCAAAAAUGAUGAUACCAGUGGAAUGAGAAUUUAAGACUUGGAAAUUUUGUUUCUCCAAAAUCUGACAGUGCUUGCAGUCCAUCCAAAAUGUUUCUGUAUUCACACACACAAACACACACACACACACGCACACACACACACACACACACACACACACACACCCCUAUGUUUAUGGAAACAUGCAGAUGUGUGCAUGUUUCAUUGUGUUCACAUGUGUAUAUGUGCGUAUGCGUAUGUACAUGCUUACAUACAUGCACUCACACCUAUUUCUGUUGCAGUAUUCAGGGUUCAAACUAUUUUGGUCCUGAGUCAGUGUGCUUGGUAUUAAUCCUUAGGAACAAACUGAAUGACCUCAGCUGGGAUGAGGAACAAUGAGAGCAUUAAACCAGUUUGUGGCUGCGGUUUACUAAACUGCUAGAUUAAAUAUGGGGCAACUUGGUUGUUGAAGGUUAUUUUUAUUUAAAAUCUUUUAAGUUUUGGUCAUGAAUGGACAAACUUCAGAAACCAAAGGCAACUUAGUUGUCAUUUAGCUCUUGCUGGAUUUUGAGCCUAGGUCUACUGUGUGCCAGUGCUCAUACACAUUGUUUGCUGCACCCAGUGCUACAUAUACAUGUAUGUGUACCUGUGUAUGCUUGUUUUUAAACAUACACUCACAUGCAUAUGUAUAUAACAUAUACAUAUUUAUAUCUACACAUGUCUAGUUUUAUUACCAUAGACUAUAAGAAUUGAUGGUUAACAUUAAAUGUUGCCUUUUAACAGAAAGUUUCUAAAAAUUAAAAAUGUAUGUACAGGUUUUGAAAUUUGUAAAAAAAACUUUAAAAGACUGUUAAAGGGAGGCUGUUUAACUAAUGCUAUUAAGAUACUUGAACAUUUCAUGCCUCACUACUGUUUAUCAGUUCUAGUGAUCUGUAUAAAUGCAUUUUAGAACCGAUAGAUGGUCAACUUGAAUUUACCUUUGAAAAGAGUACACACCACUGUACAUUCAAAAUAUAUUUAAAUUUGCAAACACACUGUUCUAUAUGUAAGGUACUGUAUGUAAAACUCUUUAUUAAAAGUAUUCCACAUA